CGUACAAGGGCGAUGGACGGUCCGGUUUUCCCGGGUUAUCUGAGAAAAAUUGGAAUAAGAACCGCUACAAUGUCACAAGUGGAGGUUGAAAUAGCUGGACGCGGCUUCCCAAGCCUCUCGGUCGACCUAAACGAUGACUGCUUAUCUGGUCGAGUCCCUUCGAUGCCACUGACCUACAAUUUGGGGACCAGGAGAAACUCUUAUGGGCUUCACAAAAUUAACAUGGACAUUGACCCACAACUAUAUGGCGGGGCGCUUUCAAAGGCUCUGUCCUGGUCAGCGGAGAAUAUUUUAACGUUAAACGAGGCCAGAGUAGAAGAAGACGACAAAACGGAUACUCCACCGGCGUCUCCAUCUCCAGUCUCCAGCCCGGGCGCGAGCAUCACCGGCAGCACGCCCCCCUGUACCCAAGUCUCGGACCCCGUCACCCCGCUGGACAACAACUGGAGCUCUCUCCCGAGCCCCAACACACAAGAUGCCAGCUCGGACUCAGACAAUGAGCUUGUUCAAAAUAAAGCACACAAAGUGUUGUCACGCAGUCCGUAUGAAAGCAAAUGUGAACAGGAGGAGAGGGAGGACAUUGAGACCAAAGCUGUGGCCACCUCACCUGAUGGAAGAUACCUGAAAUUCAACAUUGAGAUUGGGAGGGGAUCGUUCAAGACCGUCUAUAAAGGACUGGACACAGAGACUACUGUGGAAGUGGCAUGGUGCGAGCUGCAGACGCGUAAGCUGACCAAGGUGGAGCGGCAGAGGUUCAGCGAGGAGGUGGAGAUGCUGAAGGGUCUGCAGCACCCAAACAUUGUCCGCUUCUACGACUCCUGGAAGGACAACUCCAAGGGCCUCAAGUGCAUCCUUUUGGUCACUGAGCUCAUGACCUCCGGCACCCUCAAAACGUACCUGAAGAGGUUUAAGGAGAUGAAGCUGAAGCUACUGCAACGCUGGAGCCGUCAGAUCCUGAAGGGGCUCCACUUCCUCCACACCCGCACCCCUCCCAUCAUCCACAGGGACCUCAAGUGUGACAACAUCUUCAUCACCGGCCCCACCGGCUCCGUCAAGAUUGGAGAUCUGGGCCUGGCCACACUCAAAAGAGCCUCCUUCGCUAAAAGUGUCAUUGGUACCCCAGAGUUCAUGGCUCCAGAGAUGUAUGAGGAGAAGUAUGAUGAGGCUGUGGAUGUCUAUGCCUUUGGGAUGUGUAUCCUGGAGAUGGCCACAUCAGAGUAUCCCUACUCCGAGUGCCAGAACGCAGCACAGAUCUACCGUAAAGUCACCAGCGGGAUGAAACCAGACAGUUUUUACAAAGUCAAGGUCCCAGAGCUCAAAGAGAUCAUCGAAGGAUGUAUCCGGAUGGACAAAGAUGAAAGGUACACCAUCCAGGACCUGCUGGAGCACACGUUCUUCCAGGAGAACAACGGCGUCCGUGUCGAGUUGGCUGAGGAGGACGACAUGGUGAAGUCAGGCCUGAAGCUGUGGCUCCGGAUGGACGACACCAAGAAACUCCACGGGAAGUACAAGGACAACAACGCCAUUGAGUUCCUGUUCGAACUCUACAAGGACGUGCCAGAGGAGGUGGCGCAGGAAAUGGUGGUGCUGGGCUUCGUGUGCGAGGCAGACUUCAAGCUGGUGGCCAAGGCCAUCCGGAACCGUGUCAACGCCAUCAAGCGCCAGCGGGAGAAACUGCGCCUCCUUGCAGAGAAGAAGAAGGAGGCCAUUGAGGAGGAGCCUGAGCCUGCACUGCAGCCGCCCUCCCCGAAAAUCAACAGGUCUCCAUCAAUGUUGGAGACUCCUCAGUGCCCCAUCCUCAUCCCCACCCCGACCCCCACACCUGCCCAGAGCCAGGUUCAGACCCCCCCGAACCCUCACACCCACACUCCGUCCCCACUCAACAGCUAUCUAAACUUGGGCAUCAAUGCCAGCUUCAUCCCUGAACCAGAGGAACCAGAGGCAGACCAGCAUCAGCACUUCCAGGUCCACCACACCAGCUGCUCCUCAGCCAACUCUGACUGUGAGACAGACGGCUAUCUCAGCUCCUCUGGCCUCCAGGACCCCCUGGAGACAGCGGUCAGCCUCAAAGGGUCAACCCUCAACGGGACUGGGAUUACCUCCCUCAAUGGACACCCUCACCACCACCCCAUCCCAGCCCUUCGCUUUCCCUCUAGUAUUGCAGUAUUGGGUAAUACGGAGCAUGGACACUCUGGAGGACACCCUCCCAGCGGCUUUAGCUCACCUGUGGACAGCUACGCCUCUGACAUGAUCUCGGGUUUGAGUGACGUCUAUGAGGGCCUAUCAGAGAGGAGCGGCAAGACUGCUGCCAGGCGCACGGCUGGCAAGCUGUUCCGGAGAAGGGCCCGUUCAAGACUGCGCAUCACUGGGCUCUCUGACAAAGACGACCGGGUGGUGGAGUGUCAGCUGCAGACUCACAAUGACAAGAUGGUUACCUUCAAGUUCGACCUGGACGGAGACAACCCAGAGGACAUUGCAGCUGUCAUGGUUCACAAUGAGUUCAUCCUGCCAGCGGAGAAGGAGGGGUUUAUCCAACGCAUAGGUGACAUCAUCAAGAGGGCAGAGGCUCUGAUGAAGGAGCAUAAGGUCCACGUGGGUGGCGGCCACGGAGCACCACAACACCACAACGGGGUCAACUCACUAUCCGCGUCCCAGCCUAAUCUUCACAGUCACAUUCUGGAGCGGACACACUCUUCCUACUCUCUACCUGACUUCAGCAUGGCUGGCCCCAGUGUAGGGGUAUGUGACUCUCCCUCAGGGCCCACUGGUGGAGGAGACUUCUUCAGCCCAGCAGACAUGACUUCACCUGCAGGGAGACCUCUAUUACGCUCCCAGUCUUUCCAAAACGCCCCAGGUUCUCCUCACUACUACUACCACCACCCAGCCUCCAUGUACUCCUCAGAGCCCCCCCCAGCAGCAGCAACACCAGCAGUACUACCACAUACCCCCCUUCAUGGGCCACACACACUUCCCCUUCCCCUACCCAGUGAACCCAGGUGCCCCCAAACCAGUGGGGUCCCAUCCUUCCCUCACACGGGUCGCCAGCAACCCCACGUUCCCCUCCGUCCUCUCCCCAGCCCCAGGCUCCCCCGGCGGCCCCCACUUCUGUCUACUCGUCCGUCUACUCCCCCCCACUACCAAACUGCUCCAGUGGAGCUCCCUUACACCCAGGGUGGGACUCCUGGCCAAGGGCAGCAACACAGUGUCUACCAGGGCCCAGACACUCCACCACAGAUGCAGAGGGAUGGCUCAGUGUCUGUGUACUCUCAAAAUGGACACCCCGGCUGGCAGCAUAAUCACAUAUCUCCCCCUACGAUGGGCUACAACAGCCCACAGAUGGUAUCACAGCAAGCAGCAUCCAGCCCUCUAUGCCAUUUACAGAAUAGUUCCCAGGGGUCCUACAUGGUUCCUCAGGACCAGUCUGAUGUGUCCAGCUGUGCGUCAGGGUCUGAUCUGUCCCCUUCGUCCCCAGACAGCCCGGAGAGCACAUUAUCAUCGUUCAGCUCAACCACACCAAUGUCGAGACCUACGGUGCCUGAGAUGAGCGCCAGUACUCCCAAGCCCAGACUAUCCCCCAGUUACACAGAUCCCCCGCCUGCUGCCGUCACAGUGGGUCGUUUCCAGGUCACCCCUAGCAUGGAGAUCCCUGUGCCUGCUGCACCAGAUGGACAAGGCUCUAACCCCACCAGGCCCAAGUCAGUGGGCAGCUCCUCCCCAGGUCGAACCAGGCCCAAGUCAGUAGGCAGUUCUACCCUUGGCCCCACCAGGCCCAAGUCAGUGGGCAGCUCUACCCCAGGCCCCACCAGGCCCAAGUCAGUGGGCAGCUCUACCCCAGGCCCCACCAUGCCCAAGUCAGUGGGCAAAUCCACCCCAGGCCCCACCAGGCCCAAGUCAGUGGGCAGCUCCACGACAGGCUCCACCAGGCCCAAGUCAGUGGGGAGCUCCACCCCAGGCCCCACCAGGCCCAAGUCAGUGUGCAGCUCCACCCCAGGCCCCACCAGACCCAAGUCAGUGGGCAGCUCCAACCCAGGCCCCACAAGGCCCAAGUCAGUGGGCAGCUCUACCACCUCCGAGAGCAGCACAGAGGAGCAGGGGCGGGCAGAAACCAGCCUGAACACCCCCCUCACUCUCUCCCCCCCAGACCGACACCUCCCUGUGGAGGAGGACCGGGAGGUCCAGGUAGGGUGGGCCGGGACCAAAGAGCUGCAGAAGGAAGAGGAGGAGGAAGAAGAAGGGGAAGAAGAUGAUGAGGAGAAGAAAGAGCAGCAGAUAGUAAGGAGGAGGAGUGUGUGUAGUCUCAGUCUGAUAGGUACGUCUGCAGACAGCGGCCUGUCCGUCACGGUGGUGGAUUCAGAGGGGUGUGGCCUGUGGGAGGGAGGUGCAGGGAGCCCUACCUACAACUCGGCCCUGCACCACUUGUGGCUGAGCUACAGCCGCAACUUCACGUACAUGAGCAGUGACGACUCGGAGAGCGAGGACGAGGACAUGCGGGAGGAGUUGCAGGUGAUGAGGGAGAAACACUUGGUGCAGGUGCAGAGUCUCCAGGCCACCCAGAAGAGGGAAAUUGAGGAGCUGUAUGAGAGGAUGGGGAAGGUUCCCCCUGCGGGGAUUGUCUCACCUGCCGCCAUGCUCUCCAGUCGCCAUCGCCGUAUCUCUAAGGAGAGGAGUUACCCCUCCACCUCCCGCAGAAACAGCCUGCAGCGCCUAGACAUGCUCCCCCUCCAAGGUAUCAUCAGGAGGAACUCUCUGGGUGGCAGCAACAGCAGCAGCAGCUCUCUGGAGAAGCCUUCUAAAGGGGUGACCUUUGCUUCCGAUGUCAGUAGAAUGUAAGAAUCUUCAGCCAUGCUUGCUGUAGAAUAAGCCGACUACCUCAUCUAAAAUGUGACUGAAAUAAUCAUGCCCAUCCUGCUGGAGGAAAGAACUGACGUCACCUCUAAACCCUUUAUCUGGGCCCCCAUUGGAGGAGACUAACCUAGAUCCCCCAGAAACCAGGAAGCUCCUCUGCUGAUCCAAUAGUCACAGGGUUAAUCAUAGGUCACAGGUCCGUCAGAGGUCGCUGAGCCCUCUGCUAUGAAGGGGCAACAGAACCUUUGUCAUCCUCUGUCAGUCACCCCCAAGAGAAGCUUGCCAGAUUCAACGGUUCAGUGCAACAUACCCGUUCUAGGAUGCCACCAGAGCAGUGUUUAAAGUGAGAUGGUCAAAAGUUUCAAAACGUCCUCAGCUAAUGCAUAUAAAAGGCUCACAAUAGUGCUAGCCCAAGUAGUGCACCAUCAUUCUUCAUACUAUGCAAUGCUAGUGAGAAACGUGCGAUCAUUGUACAUAGCGCCUUAAUGAUCAGCUGUAUUCCUGCCUUGUAGCCACUGAGCGGUAAGGGUUGUUCCAGCUACAAUAUUGGGAUCAUGCGAUCGAGGCCAAGGCUAUUGAUCAUUAUUUUCCUGCUUAUCGGACUGUCGCACACAUUUUUAUUGCGAGCAGUGGAGUGAGAUGAAGCUCAGUAACUCUCGCUGUGUUUCAGAUGAUUCACUCUCCUCUUUGCACAUUUGACUGUCUGUUUGCAAUCUGUUGAUGCUGACUGUAGCUCGCUACUGCCCUCUAGAGUCGGACUACGGAAGUCCAGAUAUGUUGUUAUAGUUUUAGUAACUCAUGCCUGUUUUCCAAUGUACAAUAGUGAUGCAACAAUAUUUCUGAUGAAUUCAACAGAUUUAUGAAGGACGACUGUUGUCAAUGUGUAAAAAGAUGUGAACAUAGGUGUUAAAAGAUGUUAGGCAGUACCUUAUAUACAAUUAUAGUGAGCAUUUAUCAAUAAAAUGCAACACAAUGACAAGUAGCUUUUCAAACAACCAUAUACAGUACUAUAGGUAGACCAACAACACUGAAGUCCUUUAGGUGUCAGUCUUUCCAGAAUAUUUCAGAAUUUCACGUGUUCAUAUGAAAUAUAAAAAGGCUAUACAGUAAGAAGCUAGGCACAAUACAGCUCUAUAAAUGACAAAUACCCAAGACUAAAACUACUUAAAAAACAAAUCAAGUUAAAUUAUUGCCAAAUCAUCCACAUCGAUUAAAAAAAAUAAGGCAAUUUAUGGUUGAUGAUUUUCAACUCUCCUGUCUUUUUAGCUGAGACUAUAUUUUCUCCCCAAAUAAUCAAACAUAGGUCUAGACUACUGGUUCUCAGCAUGAUUGUAAAUGUGUAAAUAUGAAAUAAUGCAUUUGUAAAUUACUUUUACAAAUGAAUCAAAGACAUUUUGGCAAGCUACUUUUCUUGUGCAAACACAUUGACAAUGAUAAACCUUGCUGCAAUAAACCAGGCACCCUAUGCACUUUAGUCAAUUCUACUUUAGUAGGAACUCAUCACACUUUUUGGUAAAGUAAGUAGCAUAUUUAUAUGCACUAGUGGGGAAGAGUACAACUACCCUAACAAAUGAAUUAAACUGUGAGCCCAUAUUAGUGAUUACCUUAAAUACACAUAUGGAAUUCUAUUGCAAUGAUCCUCUUAAGAUUUAUAUUUAAAGAAAGAAAAAGUGAAUGCAUGUAUGAUUGUUGGUUGAUUGUAUUGCUUUAACAUACAAAGCUGCUGUCCUGCCAUGCUCAAUCUGUGCCUUGUCCUUGCAAUGUCUUAUUUUAUAUUUUUACUCUGUAGCUUUGGUGGCUACAACAUAGUCUGUAACUCAUAUUUUGACAUAAAUACAGUUGAAAUAAUGAGUGUUCCUCUCAGCUGCCGUACUACUUUAGCAAUAUCAGUGUAUGAAACAUUACACUGACCUUGCUAUAA